AUGGAAGUUGUUGUGGCUAUUGCAUCAAAGGUUGGAGAAUACUUGGUGAAGCCGACAGUAAACCAAGUCCGUUAUCUAUUUUGUUUCAACACAAUUGUUGAAGAACUUAAAGAACAAGAAAUCAAUUUGAAAUUGGCAAGAGACAACGUGAAUAAGGAUGUUGAAAUAGCCAAAAAUAAUACUGAUAAAAUCAAGGGACAUGUAGAAAAGUGGCUAACUGAUGCCAACGAGAUCCUGGCUGAUGUUGAGGGAUUGAAAGAAGAGACAGGAGUGAAAAAGAAUAGGGGUUGGCGGUAUUGGUUAGGUAGGAAAGCAGUAAAGAAGACAACCAGUAUGUUGAAGCUAACAGACAAUGGCAAAUUCGAUGGAGUGGGUGAUCGUACCACUCUACAAGGCAUAGAAUUUUUAAAGCCUAAUCAAUUUCAGAUUUUCGGGUCUUCAAAAUCUGCUAUUGAUGAUAUUAUUGAGGCACUGAAAAAUGAUAAGAUCUAUAUGGUUGGAUUGUAUGGGAUGGGCGGGUCGUGUAAGACAACCUUGGCAAAAGAAGUAGGUAAUAGAGUGAAGGAGAUCUUUAAUGAGGUUGUGAUGGUUACCAUAUCUCAGACUCCAAACUUUAAAAAUAUUCAAGGUCAGCUGGUUGUCACUGGAGGAGCAAGGCAUGCAGGCAUAGGUGAUGCAUCCACUUUGAAUCCUGUGGCAAUUAAAAUUGCUAAGGAAUGUGAUGGCUUGCCUUUAGCACUUGUAGUUAUUGGGAGUGCUCUAAGAGAAAAGGGUGAGCAAAUCCAGUUUUGUUUCUUGUUAUGUGCAUUGUUUCCUGAAGAUUCUGAAAUCUCUUUAGACGAAUUGGUUAGAAUUGGAAUAGGGUUAGACUUAUACCAAGAUGUUAGCUCUAUUGAAGAGUUAAGGAAACAAUUUCGCGUAAUGGUUAAUAACCUGAAGGCUUCGGGUUUGCUACCUGAUGCUGGUGAAGAGGUCGUGAAAAUGCAUGAUAUGGUUCGUGAUGUUGCCAUAUGGAUAGCAUCCAAGGGAAAACAUGUAUUCAUGAAUAAAGCUAGCAUGGGAUUGACGGAGAGGCCUAAAAGGAAAAUGCUUGAACAAUGCACAGCAAUUUCCUUGAUGGACAAUGGUAGUGACAUAAAUUUGCUUCCUCAAAGCUUGGUCUGUCCUAGGCUUGAAAUUUUACUACUGAAUUUUGGAAUCGAUGGUGACCCAGGUGAAUUUUUUAAAGACAUGAAGGCACUUCAAGUUGUAACUAUAAUGAAUGUGGAUCCAGUGUCAUUUAAAUCACUUGAAUUAUUGACGAAUCUUCAAAGUCUAAAACUGAAACACUGCCGAUUGCAUGACAUCUCUUUUCUCGGAAAGUUGACAACAUUUAAAGUUCUGGAUUUGGAAGGUUCUUAUUUGGCUGUAGAAUGGCCCAAAGGAUUGGGGGAUCAACUAACUGAAUUGAGAGUACUGGACGUGCGUCGGUUUCAACUGAGGAUUCCACAAGAUGGGUUACGAAGAUUUUCUCAGCUAGAAGAAUUAUACGCUGACCUUUCUUUCUUUUGGCACUCAGAUGAGAUUACUAGGGCAGAGGAAAGUUGUGCGAUAGUCAGUGAGUUAAAUUCACUUUCAUGCUUGGUCACACUGUCACUACAAAUUGAACAUAGAUGCCUUCCAAAUGGAUUUGCUUUCCGAAAACUGGAAAGUGAGUUGAUUUGUCUUCAAUCUGGAUAUUGUGAGGAGUUGAAAUGCAUCAUAGAUACGUCGCAACGGCAGGCACCAGCUGCUGCAUUCUCAAAACUGAAAACAUUGAUUUUAUUUAAAAUGAGUCAUCUAGAAGAGAUAUGCAAAGGGGCAGAGCCUCCAAAUACGUUUCUUGAAAAACUGGAAACUGUGGAAAUUUCAGAAUGCCACAGUAUGUGUAACGUAUAUCCACCAGUGUUGCUUCAAAGACUCCAUCGAUUACAAAAGGCUGAGAUCAUUUCCUGCAAUAAACUAUCUGAAAUAUUCAAACUUGAAGGCUUAUGCCAGACUGAGGGAGAAAAUAGUGCGGUGCUUUCAAGUAUGGAAUCAUUAGAGCUGUGGAAUUUACCAGGAUUGAGGUUUAUAUGGAAGGGACCCAUCCGACUUGUAAGCAGCAAAAAUCUUGCACAUGUUGAAGUGCAUGGCUGCAGUAACUUGAAAAAUAUCUUCGCAUUGUCAAUUGUGCGACUUUUGGUGCAGUUAGUUGAACUCAUAAUAAGUGAUUGUGAGAGGCUGGAGCAUAUUGUCUCAGAUUAUAACCAGGGCGACGAAAUUGCAGAGAUAGAAAAUGGAAAAAAUAUCGUGCUCCCUACGCUAGUAAAGAUACGACUUUAA